AUGGCAGCUCCGGUGUAUGAUUCCUCCUCUCCCAAGGGCGGAAACCCGCUAGAAGUAGACGUAAACGCUCAAUAUGCCGGCUACGAAUUCAAUUACGCCUACAUCGUAUUUUGCGGUUUCAUUGUCUGGCUAAUUAUUCCCGGAAUUGGGUUGCUCUACGGCGGUCUUGCGCGGAGAAAGUCAGCUUUGGCGCUUCUUUUUCAGUCGUUGAUGGUUGUUGCUGUGACUACGUUUCAAUGGAUGUUUUGGGGAUAUUCCAUCGCUUUUAGUCGAGAUGCUGGUCCCUUCAUUGGUACUCUUAGCGCCUUUGGGAUGAAAAAUGUCCUCGUUGCGCCAUCGCCGGGCUCGAAUGUGCUCCCGGAGAUUGUUUAUUGUCUUUACCAGCUCCUCUUUUGCGCUUGCACGGUCAUGAUCGUCGUCGGCGGCGCCUUCGAACGAGGAAACAUCAUCCCUUCCCUCAUAUUCAGUUUCUUCUGGGCCACCAUCGUCUACUGCCCCAUCGCCUGCUGGACCUGGAACCCUAAUGGCUGGUUAUACAACCUCCCAUCUCUUGACUUUGCCGGUGGUGGUCCAGUGCAUAUCUCUUCUGGUUGGGCGGCACUUGCGUAUGCUUUUGUCCUAGGAAAGCGCAAGCACCAUGGAGAACAUACGCAUGGCAAAGCUCAUAAUACGACGUUGGUGUUUUUGGGGACUGUGUUGAUUUGGUUUGGAUGGUUUGGCUUUAACGGAGGCUCCGCGCUCAACGCAUCAGUCCGAGCCAUGGUCGCAGCUUUCAACACCAACACCGCUGCCUGCACCGGCGUCAUCGGCUGGGUCCUCGUUGACUACAUCCGCAACAAGGGCAAGUUUUCUGUUGUUGGUGCAUGCGAAGGCGCCAUUGCUGGUCUCGUCGGCAUCACCCCUGCAGCCGGUUACGUCUCCGUCUGGCUCGCUGCAGUCAUCGGCUUCAUUACCGCUGUCGUCUGUGCAUCACUUCAAAAUAUCAAUGAAUGGAUGCAUAUUGACGACGGAAUGGAAGUAUUUAAGCUGCACGGUAUCGGCGGCAUAUGCGGUGCUUUCAUGACGGGUAUAUUCGCUACGUCCUCCAUCUCCGCGCUCGACGGUGUUUCGAUCGCCCCCGGUGCUAUUGAUGGAAAUGGCAAACAGGUUUAUCUGCAGCUUGCUGAGAUCGCGGCUAUUUCGGCGUAUUCCUUCACCGUCUCGUGCAUUUUGCUUUUAAUUCUCAAGUAUAUCCCCGGGAUGCAGUUGCGAGUUGAUGAAGAAGUCGAGAUGAUUGGGUUGGAUAAGGCUCAGUUUGUGGAUGAGCAGAUUGGAGAUUGGAGCAUGUUUGAUACUGUGCCUGGGGUGAUGGGGAAGAGUAAUGAGUCGACUGGUAUGAUGGUUAUGUCCACGCCGAAGAAUGAGUCUAGUGAGACGGCUUAA